GCCUGAGGGCCAGCUCGGAGGCGGCAGGACCAGGGCACCAGCUCCUUGCUCCCUUCUCAGCCUCCCGCGCUGACACUGCCGGCUCCCAGAGGGACCCCAUUCUUGUUCUGUGAUUAUUUUUUUCCCAGUGAAAGUGUGUUUCAGUGGGACACGGCCACACUGUGAGUAGCCUCUGAUUUGCCCUGGGCUUGCCCAUGCAUGUGAGCAGAAAAAUUCCAACAGGGGAGGUCUCCCCUUUCGUUCUCGAAAUAGCUUGCCAGGAAAAAAAAAAAGAAAAGAAAAACAAAAAAGAGAAGAUUGCCAUCUGUGUUUGAGACACCUAAACCAUGCAAACCACAGAGAAAACAGGCUGUCACAGGUUUAGUUAGGCUAGGAUCCUGGGAGCCCACACCCACCUCAGCCUACAAAAAGCCCAAAGCUUAACCAGUGGUGCAAAGAGCAGCGCCCUGUGCAGCCACGGGAGUGACAGCCGGACCGAUGUCCCUGCAGCCACAGUCCCCGGUUACGGGGCCUUCUUCAAGACUGAGUAGAGACUGGCUGAAGAUGGCAUUUACAAGCAUAGUCACCCACCAGGACCAGACCAGCCUGGAUUAUUAUAAGAAUGACAGCACUGUGAUGUCUCCGGCUGGAAACGUUUUAAACGACACCGACUUCACGUGUGACAAGAGGCAGGUCAGGCAGUUUGCUAGAGCUUUCCUGCCAGUAUUUUUCUGGCUUGUUUUCUCUGUGGGCACGGUGGGAAACGCUUUAGUCGUGCUUGUCUAUUGCAAAUACCGCUUCAGGAAGAGCAUGAUGGAUCGGUACCUGCUGCACUUGGCCAUUGCUGAUCUGCUCCUGCUUUUCACCCUCCCUUUCUGGGCCAAAGCUGCCUCCGAUGGCUGGAUCUUUAAGAGUUUCAUGUGCAAAAUUGUCAACAGCAUGUAUAAGAUCAACUUCUAUGGCUGCACCUUGUUUCUAACGUGCAUCAGUUUUGACAGGUAUGUCACUGUUGUCCAGGCAACAAAAGCUAAAAAUUCUAAGCAAAAAAGGCUCCUGCGGAGCAAAUUCAUGUGCUUGGCCGUCUGGCUGACAUCUGUGAGCCUGUGCAUCCCAGAAAUUGUGUACAGUGAAAGUAGGCGAGUUGGUGACAUAACAGCUUGUAAAAUGACAUACCCACCAACCAUCAACAGGACCUUCAGACUUGCUCUCCUGGCUUUGAAAAUCACAGUAGGAUUCUUCCUCCCACUCCUUGUCAUGGUUAUUUGUUACACCCUUAUCAUCAACACCCUCCUUCAAGCCAAAAGAUGCCAAAAGCAGAAAUCAUUGAAGAUCAUCACCACCAUUAUCACUGCUUUCCUCCUCUCUCAGUUCCCAUAUAACAGUGUUUUGCUGGUCAAAACCAUCAAGAUGUACACCAGCGUCGUGUACAGCUGUCAGGCUGCCGACUGGAUGGACAUCGGGCUGCAGGUCACCCAGAGCAUCGCCUUCCUGCACAGCUGCCUCAACCCCUUCCUCUACGUCUUUGCUGGGGAGCGGUUCAGGAAAGCGCUCUGUAGGAUUAUGCACAACAUCAUCCGCUGCUCAAGCGGGGGCCAAGAGCAAUGCUCCUCUGUGUGCGACAGCCAGGAGCGGAGCUCAAACUGGUCCUUUGCGAUGCUGGGGAGACGACAGGUGAGAAGCUCCCUGACCCUGAGCACCCAUCUGAACUUCUCCAGCAUGCCCCCCUCCUGCCAAGCCCUCAUGUAGGUUAGUACCCCCUGCUCCCAAAACCGGCUCUUGGACACCAUUCAUAUACCCCAAAGACUCUCUCAGAGGAAGGACUCGCCACUCUGUCUCAGGGCUUGAUUUUGCAAGGGGUGGCGCACGCAGGCCUCCCGCCGGUGCCAAGGGGAGCGGAGGACAUUUGGGGCUCCUUGCACGCCCUGCCGGUGCCUUGCAGGACCAAGCCCUGGAUUCUUUUAGCCGAAAGGAAGUGAAACCUUGAGCACGAAGCAACAAAAUGGAACGAUACUAAGUGUAAGCAGAACUGAUAGAGGAUAAAAGCCAUUUUUGUGACAGCUGUAAAUACCCAACCGAUCUGUGGCUUGAACCACAACCUGAAAUAACAAGCCUCUCAGGGAAACGAUGAGCCCAGCUACCACAGCAACAGCCACACAUCAGGCGGGAUGAACCAUUGGUCCCAUCCAUGAUAAAUAUCAGGAAAGAGUUUUGCCCUCAUUUGCUGUUUCAAUCAGGGUCUCGUCCAGAGGUGGUUGGACUCAAAAGCCCUGCCCGUUCCUACACCACUUAUGAAAAAUGCUGAGGUCCUUUGGCUGGGUCUCUUCUAGAAAAGUCUACACUUGAGUCAAGUCGGAGUCACAAUCAGCCCCGUAAUCACCUCAGACCAGUGCUCAGCUGCAUCAUUUAAAAUUCAAAAUAGCCCCUCAAUGCACCAGACUGACUCCAAAUUUCCUCAAAUGUAAGUGAAAACAACCUUUAGCUCUUGUAAUAUUUUAUUCAGUCCCUGAUAGGUGAAUGGUGUUCUGUGUGUGUGUGCAGGCACAAUCAUGUUCUGCUGAACAGAUGGUGCUUGUUGCAAAGGAAAGCUGAUCUUUGAUGUUCAUAAAGUGGUCAUUUUAGAACUAGAUUGAUUUUUUUCUCCAGUUUUAGCUGUUUGAUCUAACAUGAAGCCAGGUACAAUUUAUAUCCUGUGGCACGUAUUUUGGUAUUGGAAUUUUGUGUGCUGUCUGCAUUAGCAAAUCACAUGUCACGGUGAAAAUUCAAUGGGAUCAGAUGCUUUGGAAUUUCUGUCCCGAGGAGAUUUGCUGUAGUGUGGUGAGCAGCCAUAGUAAACCAAAACACCAAAUCCAAACCAAUGACCGAAUGAAUCGCUGGUGAUAAGCUGAUCUUUUUUGCCAAGGUCAGAAAGUAUAGUUAGCCUAGGACCAGUAAGACAGAGAGUAAUUAAAUGUCAAAUCUAACAAUAAGGAAAUUUUGACUGAGACUUUCCUCUUAGAUUAGAGAAGAUGGAGUUUCUUAGCAGUGCUGUGCUGUAAUACCCCCAGCAAUUUCUCUAGGUCUCUGGCAGUGCCAAUAUUCGUGCCAUAACGGCAUGAAUGAUGCGAGGCUGCGAUGGCACCACAUGGUUGUUGCCUGUCUCUGUUCCUGCCUUCAGGAAGCUGCAUUGCCUGCGCUGCCAGACUGGACCCCACAUCUCAGGGACUUCCACUAGUUUUAAUAUACAGGAGGCUUUCAUUUAAAUUACCAAUUUAAUCUUGUUUGGCAUUUGGUAAUUAUUUCCUUUGAGAAGAAAUUAUUUUCAUUGUACAUUAAACAUUAAAGCAUGUUGAUAAACAGCUUUCUACUAGGUUCCACACUCUUUUUUUGCUAAUAUAUUAAAUCUGUGCAGGUGCAUUUAAGGGGCUAUAGUUUCUUAUACCUUUUUUAAGAUUUUUGCUUUUUACAUUUUCCUUAGGGAAGGAAAUGGUAAAAGAUGCAUGUAUUUUUUACUGUAUGUGUAAUAAAGUUUCUUGUUGA